AUGGAUUUCAUCAACCACCUACCUCCUGGCUACCGCUUCAAUCCUACUGCGGAGGACCUCUUGGAGUUUUAUCUCCCACGAAGGCAGAAGGGCGAACUCUUCCGCCCUUUCGUACAAGACGUCGAUAUUUACGGUAAUGAACCUUGGACUCUCUUUGAUUAUAAUCAGCAGUCCGUCUUUUAUGUAUUCAGUGAUUUGAAAAAAAUUGGAAAACGGGUUCAAAGAAGAGCCGGGUUUGGCACCUGGAUGGGGCAGAACAACAUUGAUGUUAAAGAUCAGUACGGUAAUAUAAUUGGGGUUGAUCGCUAUUUUAAUUUCAAGAUUAAAGGAGGUUCUCACGAUGACCAUGGUCGAUGGACCAUGCACGAAUUUGCUCUUGUUGAUGAACGCGGAAACCCACUGGACGACAAGGUUGUUUGUGUAAUCGGACACGACACACAAAUCUCGACAAAACAAUCUGUUGUUUCGAAGAAAAGAAAAGGAAGAAUGACUUCUCCGACUGAUGAAGAGACCUCUACCAAGACACUAUGCAUGGAAACCUCUUCGCCCUCUUCUGAUUUGGUAGUCUCAAAAGAGGCACAGUCAUGCUUAUACGGCGGCGGCGUUGGGGUGGCCACAGAGCAGAUUGAUGGGUUGCUCCUUUCUGAUCUCUUUGAACCAACGCCUUAUAUGUUCCGGGGCACCCAACUCGGUGAAGAGAGACAAUCAAUGGACACCUCUUCCCCUUCCUCUGCUUUGAUAGUCUCAGAGUCACAGUCGACAGAGCAGAUUGAUGGGUCGCUCUGUUUUGAUCCGUUCGACGUGUUGCAGGGCAUCCACACCUCCAGUUUGAUGCCCUCAGAGGCCGAGCCACAACCGUACUUCGAAUUCGAUAAUGAAGGAGAGCUGUGGGUCUGUUUGGAUCGUCGCAACCCCAAAGGCUUGUAA